UCGUCUAGUCGAUGCUGGUCAGCUUUGAAGGAGCGUUAUCAAGCACUUUUCGAUCAGACCGGGUAUUUGGGUGGUGGUGGCAGAACACUUCUCUUCACCACUUUCAUACCAAGAAGGCAAGAACCCAUCGAGGAUAGUUGCGGAGAAAAAGACAAAUUCGUUUCGAUAUUGCUUCAGUUCCUACUGAACCGGGUGUCCAAACAGUUGCUACCGUGUAUACCGGGUGACACUGAAACAUAAUGAGGCGUGCUAUUGGUGGAGUUGCCUUAAUGGCAUUUUUUGGUCUUGUAAACUGUCAGCAGUUGAAGGGAAACCAAGACGAUCCCUGCCAAAUCAAAGCUAGAGUAAUUUCAGAUAUCACCUACUGCGACAGAUACUGGGAAUGUGUAAACGGACAGCCAGAGCUCUACGACUGUCCCAACGGUUUGGUGUUUGCAGGCAAAAAUCGCGGAGUUACUGAAGGAUGCGACUAUCCAUGGAGAUCCAAUUAUUGCGACGGCAAACAACAGGCCAAUCCUCCAAUUGGAACCGAUCACUGCGACUGGCUUUACGGGAUUUUCGGGCAUGAAACCUCCUGCACCCGCUACUGGACCUGCUGGAACGGAACCGCCACUGAACAAUUGUGCAUUGGUGGGCUUCUCUACAACGAAAGAACCCAUUCUUGCGAUUGGCCCGAGAAUGUAGACGGUUGCCAGAAGCAUCCUCUGUGCAAUGAUGAUCCUAAUGGAAACGUUCCUUUGGGAAAAUCCUGCAACCGAUACUGGCAGUGCCAAGGCGGGUACCCGAGGCUUCAAAGGUGUCCUGCUAUGUUGGUGUUUGAUCGGCGUUCUCUCAGGUGCGUGGUUCCUCCAACUGAAGACUGCGACGUGCCCAGCACCCUUCCGCCUCCAGUUCAAGAGGACGAUCUUCAGGAAAACAUCCCCCAGAAUAACCCGCGAAACCAGCACAAUUUCAGCAAUCUUCCUCCUGGCGCCAUUCCGAUCCCCAGCAAAGGAAAACCAAAAAACUAAGCUAGUUUAAGCCGUUAACUUAUUUCAGGCCAACCUACUGCAGAAAAGCGUGGUUUCAGCAGUGUAAAAUUAUGCAUUUGCAACUGUAAAUAUUCUUAGAAUAGCAGACGGUUUUAUAAGUGGAGCAACCAUCAAUUCAGCACAGUUCUUCAGUUCAGAUGAAACGGAAUUUUGCUUGAAACCCAAACGUUUAAUGUGCCAGUAUUCGAUUAUGCUUUAAACAUGCCGCAUGACCAUCAUCAUUACCAUUCACUUUCUGAUCCAAAGUCACGUAUUUGUAAAUUGUUUUUGCAUUCGGUUUCAUUUUCCGUGCCUAGUUAAGUUUUAUAAUCGUGUACUACCGUAGAAUUACGUAUUUGUUAAUAAAAUAUAUUUUUUACUGUU